AUGAAAUUAUUUAAUAAUAAAAAGCUUUGGGUUAUUUUAUUAAUUUUAAUUGUACUUUUAAUUAAUGUUAGCACAUCAUAUGCUCAAGAAGAUGGAUCAAUGACAAAUAGUGAAGGUUCUCUUGACAAUAUGGGCGAUUCUGAAAAUCCGCCACCUUCCGAAUCAGAACAACAAAUUUCAGAAGAAGAGGAAGAACAACCAAGCUCUGGUGAUCCGCAAACCUCAUCAACUAUUCAAGAAAGUGAGGAGCAACCAGCUGAGUCAACCACCGAAGAACAACCAGCUGAAUCAACUACAUCUGAAGAACCAGCUGAAUCAACCACCGAAGAACAACCCGCUGAAUCAACAACAUCUGAAGAACAACCAGCUGAAUCAACAACAUCUGAAGAACAACCAGCUGAGUCAACUGAAUCUGAAGAACAACCAGCUGAAUCAACCACCGAAGAACAACCAGCUGAAUCAACUACAUCUGAAGAGCAACCAGCUGAAUCAACUGAAUCAGAGGAACAACCAUCUGAAUCAACCACCGAAGAACAAUCAGCUGAAUCAACUACAUCUGAUGAGCAACCAUCUGAAUCAACCACCGAAGAACAAUCAACUGAAUCAACAACUACAUCUGAAGAACCAGCUGAAUCAACUGAAUCAGAAGAGCAACCUUCAGAAUCAACAAAUGAAGAGCCAGUAAGUGAAGAGUCAACAGGCGAGGAAUCAACAACAUCUGAAGAACAAACAAGUGAAGAACAAUCCACUGAAUCGGCUACAUCUGAAGAGCAAACAGACGAACCAACUACCUCGGAAGAACCAGCAUCUGAAGCCACCUCGGAAGAAUCAGCAGAAUCAACCACAUCUGAAGCACCAGAAGAAUCUACAGAAUCAGAAGAAACAGUUGAAGCAUCUGAAGAACCAGCAGACGAAUCAGCAAAUGAAGCAUCAGAAGCAUCAGAAAAAGCAGAAAGCAAUGAAGAGACAUCUGAAGGUGAAACUGAAGAAUCUGAAGAAAAUGGAGAGGAAUCAGAAACCGGUGAAGGUAGCGAAGAAUCUGAAGAAAAUGAAGAGGAAUCAGAAACUGAAGAGGAUGACACACCAAUUAGAACAAGAAAAUCACCUGCAUUUUCAUCUUCAGCAGAACCAGGUACCCAACCACUCCCAAGAAUUGAAGAUGAUUCAAGUAGUUUACCAAAUAAACAAAAUAAGCUACACUCAAGUACUGAUGAAGAAAGCAGCUCAAACAGCGGAUCAAACUCAUUAUCCAAAGGUAUCUCAACACUCUUAGCUUUUUCAGGUUCAUUAAUAAUAUAUAUUUUAGUUUUGUAA